AUGGCUAGCCACCUUCGGCCUCGCCGCCUCGAAAACAUAUACAUCGCCAUAGUAUGCGCGCUACCCCGCGAAUACGACGCUGCCAGUUUGGCGUUCGACGAUGUGUGGAGUGAUAGUGAAAACACGUACGGGCGUCAUUGUAGUCACAAAAUUGGCCGCAUCGGAGCCCACAACGUCGUCUUAGUCCUUCUUCCUAACCCGGGAAAGGUCAGUGCCGCAAAUGAGACAUCACAUCUCCGAUCAAUAUAUACCAAUCUUGAGUUGGCCAUCUUGAUCGGUGUAUGCGGCGGUGUGCCUAGCCCAGGGACUGAUAAGGAAAUCCUACUUGGGGACGUAGUAAUCAGCAAGAGUGUCGUCCAGUAUGACCUGGGACGACAGUACCCUGGCAGGUUUGCUACAAAAGACGAUGUCGAUAAUACUCUUAGCCGACCGAACAGAGACAUCCGCGCUCUCCUUUCCAGGCUUGAAACGGUGGAUGGUUUGCGUGACCUGCAGCGCCAGACGAUCCAACAUCUGGACCAACUGAAGCAAAUGGCCGCCAAAUUGAGUUACCGAGCCUGCUACGACCGUCCUGCAGCUAGUGAGGACAUCCUUUUUGAGCCUGGUUAUACCCAUAGACAUCGUAAGCAACUAGACUGCGGCUGUAACGAGACCAAUAUUUGUGAUGAUGCUGUCAAUGCGUCUUGCGAAGAGCUUCAAUGUGACGCCAGCCGACAGAUUGGGAGGAAACGACUCGGCCUCCAGAGAAAGAGAAAGUUUGAUGAAGAAGUAAACAUCAACAACGUCGAGGAGCUUCAAAUACAUGUUGGACGCUUUGGUUCGGGCGACACAGUAGUCAAGUCGGGAGAGCACCGGGACGAAAUCGCCAGAGAGCAUGGCAUUAUCGCUUUUGAAAUGGAGGGGGCGGGGAUUUGGGAUGAAAUGCCAUGCAUCAUCGUCAAAUCCGUAUGUGACUACGCCGACAGCCACAAGAACAAGAGAUGGCAAAACUUUGCUGCUGCAGUAGCGGCCUCAGCGGCAAAGGCACUUCUGGGACGUUACACCAGGCGAGCGUCUUCUCGCACCACUGAUACUUAUUUUCUUGUUCCGUAUAACGAAAACCCGGAUUUUGUUGGUCGGUCCGAAGCUCUACGACGCAUCAAGGGAUAUUUCGGCCAUGAACAACAACACGCCAUGAUAGCCCUGGCGUACGUGUAUUGGCUGAAGGAGUUCCGCCCAGAUAUUUCCGUCUUUUGGGUCCAUGCCAGCAACGAGCAGCGAUUUCGCCAGGCUUAUACCCAUAUCGCCGAAGAAUUAGAAAUCCCAGGGCACGGAGAGCCUCAGUUUGACGCGCUAUUGCUUGUCAAAAGUUGGCUGGAAAAAAAGGAGAGGGGCCAGUGGCUUAUGGUGGUUGACAACGCAGACGACUCGCACCUCUUUUUCCAAUCACAAAGAGACUAUCAUGCUGGCGUGUCCACUGAUGAGAGUGGCGCAGAAUGCAGCCUGGCCAGAUAUAUCCCCGAGUGUAGCCACGGAUCAGUCCUUAUUACAACUAGGAACAAACAGACUGGCAUGAGACUUGCUCCUCCGAAACCUCCGAUACCCGUUGAGAGAAUGACUGAGGGCGAAGCUGACCAACUAUUGCGCUCGCUCUUGGAAGAAGAAGACUGUCCGGUUUCCACUAAAGACGCAUCACAUCUGUCGUCCCGUCUAGAAGGCCUCCCGCUGGCACUUGCUCAGGCUGCGGCAUUCAUCCACGGAAAUGGAAUCACGGUACACGAUUAUAUCGGACUGUUAAAUGAGAGCGACUCCACGCUGGUGGACUUUCUCAGCGAACCAUUCGAAGCUGUUGGGAGGGACUCUGCAACACCGCACGCUCUCACAGCGACAUGGAUUAUAUCCUUCGAGCAGAUUGAGCGGCAAGACGCCCUUGCCAGUAAUGUUCUGUCUUUUAUGAGUUUCCUUGAUCGCCAGGCAAUCCCGAAAAGGUUUGUCGCCGAAUACCUUCAAAAGCAGCCUUGCAGAAUCAACUCCAGUGCGGAUGCAACCGUAGAAAAAGUCCUCGGGAUUUUAAAGGCAUUUUCCUUCAUCACAGAAGCGAAAAACAAGACUGUGGACAUGCACCGCCUAGUGCAGCUAAUCACACGAAAGUGGCUUCUCAAGAAUUAUAGAAAGGAUGAGUUCGCGCAGCAGGCGCUUCAAACGGUUUCGACCGCAUUCCCGUACGGCCAGUAUGAAAACAGAGAGGUGUGCCAGGAACAGCUUCCACAUGCUUACGCUGUGCUGGAAAACGAAGGGACUACUUGGCAUGAUGAAAACCAUAGUUUCAAGGCCGCAAGGGCAUCACUUUUACACUGCGUGGCAGGGUAUCUCGAUUAUCUCGGAUGUUGGGAAGAGUGUGGGAGGAGAGUGGCCGAGGCAGUCGAGCUACGAAGAACAGUUUUGGGAGAAGGCCACCCCUCUACUCUCAAUAGCGUAAACGACUUGGCGUCAGCAUACCUAAGGCUAGGUCAGUUUCAGGAGGCAGAAAAGUUACAGUCGUCACUAGUAGAGACAAGCAUCCGAGUACUUGGAGAUGAGCAUCCGGAUACACUUAACAGGAUCGCUACCUUAGCAGUGAUAAUUAGGCACCAAGGCCGGUGGAAGGAAGCAGAAGAAAAGGAGGUGCCGAUCAUGCAGAUAAGCUCAAGAGUGCUAGGAAAAGAUCAUCCCGAUACGCUCAAUAGAAUAGCCAGUCUGGCAGCAACGCUUUGGAACAUGGGGCGUUGGAAGGAGGCGGAAGAGCUGGAGGUUCCACUCGUAGCUACGAGUUUACGAGUGUUUGGAGCAGAACAUCCCAAUACACUGAACAGAAUAGCGAAUUUAGCAGUCACAAUCGGGAGUCAAGGUCGGUGGAAAGAAGCAGAAGAAAAAGAGUUACAGGUCCUGGAAAUCAGCUUAAGAGUACUCGGGGAAGAGCAUCCUGACACUCUGAGGAGAAAGGCCAAUCUUGCAGUGAGCUAUAGAAAUCAAGGCCGGUGGAUGGAGGCGGAGGAGAUCCAAGUCGAGGAGUUGGAGAUAUGUUCAAGGGUUCUUGGAAAGGAGCAUCCCGAUACGCUGGUUAGCAUGGCUAAUCUCGCUUUGACGUACAGUUGUCUGGGUCGAUGGAAAGAGGCGGAAGACCUCCAAGCUGCCGAGUUGAAAAUCUGCACAAGAGUCCUUGGAGAGAAUCAUCCCGAUACCUUUGUUAGCACUACUAACCUGGCCUCCAUCUGGAAGGGCCAGGCCUCUCUCGCACUCCCGACACCGACCUCUACCGAGCCUCUAACGGUAACGGCGGCGUUCCAUCGGAUCUACCUCCUCCACUUCCCCUCCUCAGCUGCAGCCGAACUCGCUCCGGCGAGGCCCAAUACUGAUGGAACCACAACCCUCGUUCUCCGUGUCUCCGGGCCGCACUUGCCCCGCAUCAAGACAGAAAACGAGAUUGCUAUUAUGAAAUGGGCGAGGGAACAUACAUCUGUCCCUGUCCCUGCUGUUAUCCGCUGGGAUAGUUCUUGUGAGAACGUUCUGGGAAAUGAGUUUUCGCUGUUAGAGAAGGUACCCGGAAUUAGUGCGGAUAAGCUGUUUUGGGAUAUGAGUGACGAGAUAAGGAGGAAAGUAGUUGAGCAACUUGUCCUGUUCCUCGCGGAGAUUUACAAAAAUUCCACGUGGAAGUAUGUCGGAGGAAUGAAGGUUGAUGAAAAGGGGGAAAUUGGACCCGGGCCGUUGGUUGAUGAGUGGUUCUGGAUGGCCCCUCAAAUUGAGCGCUUCUGGGGUGACAAGGGAGAGACUGUUGAGAGCCUGAAUCCUAUUGAUGGACCGUUCGAAGAUUGGGCUGCGCAUAUAGAUGCGGCUAUGGAGAAGUAUGUAUACGUGAUUAACCAUCAUCCUUCGCUGGAGUGGAUGAGAGAUUUGGUGCCAAGAUUGGAGGCGUUCAGAAAGUACAUUCGAGAGCACAAGCAAGAGAUGAAUGAGACGCGGUAUGUUCUCGCACACCGAGACCUGCACCUCGCGAACAUCAUGGUUGACAAGGAUGGGACGGUAACCGGGUUGUUGGAUUGGGAGUUUGGCGGGGUUGUGCCAGGGCAGAGAUGGGAUCCACCUAACGCGUUUCUGUAUCCCUGGGGGGGAAAGGAUGAUGAGGCAAGGAAUGAGAGGGACAGGAUGAGAGGGUGGGCGAGGGAGUUUUGCAGGGUGAAGGGCAUUGAUGAGGAAGUUGUGAACGGGGUUGAAUAUCGGGGGGUGCAGGAGACGGUGCACACGAUUAGUAAUUAUACGAGGGCGAUUUGUGAGCUUUGGAGGGAGCACCGGGAGAAUGCAAGGGAGUGGAGGAAGACUUUGGAGGGGGGGUUGAACAAGCUGGGCGUGUGA